AUGGAGGGCGUGGUUCGGUUCGAGUGCAGAGACAACAACCUCGAGAUCUAUGUUGUCCAGCCUGGAGAACGGCUCACCAUCUAUGGAUCGUGCUCUCUUCUUUGUUUAGGUACAUUUCGAAAAGUUUCUUACUGACUACUAACUUCCUUUCAGCGGGUAAUGCAUCGAUCAACGACUACAUUUUGCCCACUGUCUCAUGUGAACCGAGUAACUUUCUGAAAAUCUCGGCCCCUGUAAAGAUGGAAGUUCCGGUAAUGCAUUCAUAUAAAGAUGUUUUGAAUUAUUCGUGGUUUCAGGCUAUUCUGGCAGUGGGCGUCGCCGGUCCGAACUACAAGCACGCACGUCUGAAGUUCCGGCUGAAAGAGGUGGCGCCGAAAGGUCACGAGCAAAUCAUGGCCACCAUCGGAGAGACACAACCGGCCGUGCUGAUUUUCAACAAGAUUCUGGAUCCAGCCGAGGAAAUUCUAACCGGAAUCGUCGCUGUGAGUCCUGUGAUUUCAUUCGACAGUUUCAAUUUGAGUUUUUCAGAACUUCUUGAUUCAAUCUUUUACGCAGAAGCAGAUCAUUAUGCCUCCUCGGUAUCAUAUCACUCGUGACGAUUUUGCCAUUAUCCCGCUCGAGGACGCCGUCCAGUUGAGAGCGCAGUUAGAGCGUUUGAACACAUUGAGAAGUGAGGGAUAAGGUGAAUCCAUUCCACGAUCCACUCAACUUUCAGAAGACGGACAGAGAACGUCGAUACUUCCUUACGGACACAAAGGUGCAGGAAAGUCUCAUCUGAUGCGGAAUCUCGUCAAUCGCUGUCUUUCUGGGUAACUGCGCGAAAACUGAAAUUGUAUUCAAAAGAGGAAUUUCAGCGGAUACGACAGCGUUUAUGUUCUGGAUUGUGACAUCGGACAGAGCGAAUUCACGCCGGCUGGUUGUCUUUCUCUUCAUAAAAUCACGUCUCCGAUUCUUGACAAACCGUACGGUCAUCAGAAGGCAAAGUUCGAGAAUGCCUACUUUUUUGGAGACAACACCGUUCGCAACACACAUCUCUACAUGGUCUGCUCUUUAUUCGAGCGUUCUCACCAAUAUUCCCUUUGCAGGACAUAUUCGAGCGUCUCUGGAACAAGUUCAGAGAAGUCAGCGAGCCCGGAUCCGUGUGCGUAAUCAAUACGAUGGGAUGGAUCACUGACACUGGAGCUGAAAUGCUCGCGCACAUUAUCAAUGUGACCGAGCCGGAUUUGUGCGUGGAAAUCUUCAGAAGUCAGACAGAGCCACGCUUCUUAUUUCCGGUACGUUCAUGAAUAAUGCAGGAAACUGAUUCGACUUUUUUUUCCAGAACAAUUGUAAAGUGGCCCGGCUUUCCAUCUUUGCGAACAAUUCGACUGGAAUCAUCGGUCAACCAGCACAAAAACGGCUUCCGCCUGUUCUGAUCCGAGAACUCACCGUCGUCGGAUACUUCGCAUCGCUGCUCUCGAGACCGUCUAUUGCCAGCUUCCCUCAAGUCGCACCGUACAGCUUGAAAUUUCAGUCGGUACCAAUCCGUUCUUCUUCAAUUCACUUACUGAUUGCAGAAACACCACCAUCUGCAUUCCGCCCGAUCUUCUCGUCCAGGAUUGCCACGUUUUCUCGUCGAUCAACACUCAAUUAGUGGCACUUUGUUUCAAUCAUUCGGAACUGAGACCUCGGCGGUUGUGCGGAAUGGCAGAUAUGCCCAAUCUGUGCGUCAUUGACAACAAUUCGCCUGCCCUCCAGUGCAUAGGGUUCGCAAUUGUGCGAGGAGUAAGCGUCGAGCAGAGAACCGUCUACGUAGUAUCCCCAAUCGAUCUGCGCCAGCUGGAUGAGCCUCCGAUCCUCGUGAGAGGCAUGCGAAUCCAAACGCCUGCCGUCUUCUUCACUGCUGAUGUGAGCUAUUCUAAAGUGAAUUAUACGGAAUAAACAUGGUUUGCAGCCUUACAAUCGGUGCCCCUACGUUCUGAAUCUUCCGAGCGCCGGAAAUCGUUCCUCGAAUCUCGAAGGUCUUUAUCAGCCCGCCACAAACUCGACAAAGUUCAAAAGGAGUCGCAGGUUCUGA